AUGUCGGUACACACACAGGAAAUGAAUUAUACCACAACGACAGAAGCGGACUUUGAUAACGACAAUGACGUUAUUCCUAUGACACCUGGCUUUCAGGUUCCGUCAGCCAUCGGAUUAUCACUUCUUAUCAUUAUUGGCAUAAGUGGCAACGUUUUAACAGUAGCUGCUUAUUUCAAAGACAGACAUUCAACGACUGUCUAUGAUUUCUUUAUCGUCAAUUUAGCAUUUACCGACCUAAUUCUAUGCUGUUCCAGCAUGCCGUUCUAUGCUGUGUACACCUUGAUGGAAUUUACGUGGCCAUUCGGGUAUUCAUUUUGCAAAGUGUGGUUAGUGGUUGAUUUCACAUUUUGUUUCGAGACUAUCCUUUUGAUGCUUAUACUGAGUUUAGACAGGCUGUUGAUGGUCAGUAUGGGACCAACCUAUAUACAGAAAGUUACACAAAGAAUCGCAUGUAUCGAAAUAGCCAUAUCAUGGAUUAUAUCCUUUCUUUUGUAUGGACCAGCAAUUAUUGGAUGGAAUCACUGGGUCGGGUACUCGACUGUCGAAUACAUGGAUUGUGACUUAGAAUUUGCCUAUAGCCACGUGUUUACAACCGCAACUGCCAUUGUGGAGUUCAUUUUACCUUUCGUUUGUCUCACGUUACUGAAUGUGAUCCUGUAUUUUAAAAUAAAAAAACGUAGCAAAAUUGCACCAGGGAGAAACACACAAGCUGGUUGUCAGACAAGCAACAGUAGUUCAAAUGAUGCAAUUAAUCUGAGAGUUGUAAGGCCUAGCACUCUUUCAAAAGAUAACCAUUCGCCGGCACCUGAAAGUACUACAAAUAGCUUCAACAAUAAAGAUAACAUUGACAAAAAAGAAAUUCUACAAAGUAAGUUAAAAUCUGAGCGACCAUUUAACAAGUAUAGACUGAACAAUAAAGGAUUAGAGAGAAGUGUUUCCGUCUCCAGGUCAAAAAGUCAUUUAAGAGCAGCAAAGUUCCUGGCGAUUUUAGUUGUAGCAUUUAUAGUUUUCUGGGCUCCGUAUACUAUAACGACAAUGGCGAUAUCAUUUUGCAACAACUGUAUUAAUACCAGUCUGUAUGAAUUUUUCAAUUGGUUACUUUGGAUGAAGUCUGCGGUAAAUCCAUUACUGUAUGCCUUUAAUAGUCGUAGAUACAGGAAGUUCAUUGUAAAAUAUUUGACAUUAAAUGGAAAACUUUGGAAACGAAACAUCGGUCAAAUUCAAGCAAGAACAUGA